AUGGCCGACGAGUGCCCUGUGUGCACGCUCAAGAUGAUAAUGCCGACAGCGGUGAAUGGAUGUGGACACAAAUUUUGUUUUUUGUGCAUCAAAGGUGUCGCACUGGAAAAUGCGGGAGAAUCGUUGUGCCCGAUGUGUCGUGGACCAGUCGACAUUAAUCAAUUCAGGAAAGUCAUCGAUCCAUCUCUUCAACUUACAAUGCGCGAUCCAGAGGACUCAACCACCGAUCAUCCACCAGUAAAAAAAGUCAAAAAAGAGCCCGUCGAUCCAGGCGAUUUGCAACAACAACAGCAAACGUCGAAGGCCUCUAAUGUAAAGGUCAAGGCAGAACCGGUGGAUCCAGAUGAUGUGCAACAACAGACACAGACGCAAUCACAAACAGAAAAAGGAAACGAGAUGAACGCCAGCCAACAGCAAAAAGAGAGUGCGACAUUUUGGGUCUACAAAGCUCGCGGGAAUGGAUGGUGGCGAUAUGAUCCACGCACCGAAAAAGACAUUAAUGAUGCGUGCCGUCUUGGAAAACAGAAAUGUGAAGUCAACACAUGCGGAAUGACGUUUGUUAUCGAUUUCCAAGAAAUGGUCCAGUAUCGCAAAGAUACACCGGAUGUGCAACGAGAAAUCUCAAGGGCUGACGGUGAGCAGGAUCUGACCAGAAUGCAAAUUCGGGGAAUAGCCGGUGUUUCACCUCAU